ACCUGAUCAAUUUUUACCCGUGUAGCCUACGUUGUCGUAGGUAAGUUGUGUGCUUGAUUUACACAGUACAGUUUUGGUAAAAGUUGUGUAGUCUACAUCGCGCGUCAUUAGGAAUUCAGGAAUUCUUCAAAUUAGGGGCGGACCAUUAGAAAUCCCGGGAGGGGGGUAUAAAAUUUUUGCGGCACGAAUUUUUUUCAGUCUCAUGUCUCUGCAGGAAUUUUUUUUAAUGCAUUUAACCUCUGCACGAAUUUUUUUUCAAGACUACUUGUACUUUGCUGUUUGCUUGCACGAAUUUUUUUUCUCUGACGUAAUGGCUGCACGAAUUUUUUUUCCAGGCAUUUUUCUUUGCACGAAUUUUUUUUGGGGAAUUUUCACCCCCCCCCUCCCGGGAUUUCUAAUGGUCCGCUCCUAGGACAUUUCAUUUAAUAGUAUGACGUAAUGAUUGUUUACAUUCGCAUAUAAAGCUAACCUCUGCGCAGACAAAAAGCUAGCUAUACGGAAAAGGGUUACUCUGUACUCGAGUUUCAGCCACGGUAAGUUUUUGGCAAUUUUUCCACAUAAACCAGUUUUUAUAUAAAACACAUUGUAAUAGAAUUAUCUAAUAUUUUGUUGUUAUCCUUGGUGUAAAAGCGUUGAAUUUUCGCAAAUUUCUGCAAGUAAAUACUAGAACUUGUGUUGUGUUUGCUUUUCCUGUGAUAACGUACUAUUGCAUGAUUCAACCACAAUUAAUUCUGUAGUGUUACUUUGUAUUUAUGUAUAUUUGAACACGAAACGUUUCGAUUAAUUGUUGUUUAGCUAAAAGUGUUGUUAACGGAAAGAGGCAGUAACUGGAUCAAAUGAAUUGACGAGCCCCCUACUUAUAUAUAUAUACCACUGUUUAUUAAUAAAAACAGUCAAACAAACUUGAAAUUCUCUUUUAUUUUUGACUUGGGAUGGUCUGAUUAAUGAAUUGAAGUUGUCAUGAAUAAAUAGGGUGGGGUUUAACAGGAUUAAAGAAAGAGGCAAGGUAAUACAAUGCUAUAUUAACCAGGUGCUAGGUGGGCUUUGGCAAAUGUCAAUGUCAGCACUGUUUACCUUUGCAGGAACAAAUAAAUUAACACAUUGAGUGCCAAGGCUCUUCCCAUGAUAAGAUAAAAUCGUCUGGCAUUAUACAGAAUAAAAUAAGGACUAAUUAAGACACAAUGUAAAAUAAGAAUGCACUAGGGCACAAUGGAACUUAAUGAAUUAAUUAAAAGUCUACUCACUCUGAUAAUUGCUUCGCUAUCUGCUGCAUCAAAACAAACAAUGUUACGAAAAGCUUAAAAAGUGUUGUCUGUACUACUUUUCUCAUUUCCAUGUCCUUCAAUGAAUGUAAUGUAGUUUUCAAGGGGAACAGAAUAUGCGAGGAAGGACAUUAUCUGCAUUGCAGAUAGCGUCCAGAUAGACACUAUCAGCUAGCUGACACAUUCUGCUAGCAGGUAGUGUCCAGGGGGGGGACACUCUUUUGCUUGAUAGUAUGAUUAGUAUCCACUCUGGUACUGGAUAUCAUAUCCAGUGGGAUAGUGAGAUAACCUCAUUUUUAAUCUAGGAAGGAUGAGUGAAAAUCAAGGACAUGCCUACCCCCCUGGUCAAGGACCAUCAGUUCCGCAUCCAUCACAAAGUGCCUAUCCCCCACCUAUGGUAUGAUUUUACAUUACUUUUAAAUUUUAUCGACAUUCUCGUCCAAGGAUGGUUGCAUCGCAUGCGUAAUUAUUGUUUGUCAAGAUGACGUAUUAGAGAGCUUAAAUUAAGCCAGUGAUGUUUUUGAAAACAUGGAUGCUGACCGGAAGUCAAUCGAGCCGUUAUAGAUGGUGAACGUAUGGUGGUGACAGCCAUCCUUGUUUGAAAUCAUAAACAUGAAACUUUGUUGACUGAUGUUCUUGAUUUUAACUCGCCAUCGUUGUCAAGUUGCUGUUCGUUGAUUUCAGUUAACUUUGCGUCAUUGUUGUCAAGAACAUCACUUGCUUAAGCUCUGUACAUCAGGGGCAGGUUUUGGUCAAAAGCCAGUUAGCUUACUAGUAACCCUAGGUUAACCUAAAAUUCAAACUUGCCAACAGCUAGCUUGUUUAUCAAAUUGGAAAUAUUUCUUCAGAACAAGGCCGGCGAGAGGGGGGACAAAAUACCUGGGACCCGGAGUGCUCAGAGGGGCCCGGAAAUCUUGGUAAAAUGUUUGUAUUGUCUAUUAUCGCUUUAUGUUUGUCCUAAAUGAAAUGCACCUACUUGCACACUAUCUGCUGAGUGUCGUCAUUGAUCGUAAAAUGUACCAAAUGUGAAAUAAACGAUUUUUCGAUUGUUUUCUCAGCAAAUUAAAACAAUUAGCUGAACAUCGUGCACAUUGCGUUUUUAUCAGUUAUGCAGCGACUUCUUGCAAUUCACUGGCAAUUCUCUCGUUGAUUGCGAUUAAAAAUAGCCAGCGGGAGAGUCGAGAGGGACAGGGGGCCUGUGUUCACCAAUCGUCAUUUUGUCCCAGGCCCGCGGUUGGCUCUCACCAGCCUUGCUUCAGAAAUCUUGAGUUGAUCAAUAGGAGUUUUCUUUUCUGAGGUUUUAUAAUAAACAAAUGUGCAGAGAUACACAAACUAAAACUUCAGGUUAACUUUUAAUCCAGGGUUAGCGCUAAUCCAGCGUUCAUUCUAGCUGAUAAUUUUGCAAACGAUUAUUUUAAAUUAAAUUAAUCAUUUUUAUAGGGAUAUCCUCCUGUAGGUCAACCUGGUUAUGGAGUGCCUCCCCCUGGUUAUGCUCCCCCUCCUGGACAACCUGGUUAUGGAGCACCUCCCCCCGGCCAACCUGGUUAUGGUGCACCUCCCUAUGGAUAUGGUGCACCCCCUCCAGGACAGCCUGGUUAUGGAGCACCUCCUCCCGGCCAACCCGGUUAUGGAGCACCUCCCCACGGAUAUGGUGCACCCCCUCCUGGACACCCUGGUUAUGGAUCACCCUAUGGCAUGCCACCACCUGGUGCAGGGUACCCUGCAGGUGGUGCACCCUAUCCUGGCGGUGCUCCGGGGUAUCCUCACCAGGCUGGCUUCAAAAAAGUAAGUUUUAUGGUCAAGUACGUUUUUUGCUGUAAUGGUUGAACACCACACAAUUUUAGUUGUCAAGGGCAACCUCUUAUUGAUUAUAAUGCAUUGCACCCUAGUGUGGCAUACUUUAUUACUUUACUCUUUCUAACAUCAGAUUAUUUUGCUUGGUCUAAUGCCAGAUGGUUUUACUUGUCAAGGGAAGAGUGCUGGUGCUCAAUUGAAUUGGUUAAAAUAUAACAGUUGCUUGUACCGGUACCUUGACAAGUGAGAUUAUCUGACAUUAGAUAAAGUAAAAUACCAAAGUACAUGUAGUGUGCAUUAUGGGUUAAUGAGCUAAUUUUCUGAAUCUAUAGUCGUCUGGAAAUGAAAGUGAUGACAGCCAACCAGGAGAUCCAGGUUUGUGAACAAUUAUUUUGAAUUCAUAAAUGCAAAAUAUUAUAUAGGUGUGAUGAUAAUUUUGAUGGUGGCAAUGGUAGUGUUGGUGAUAGUAAUUAUAAUCAGGUGAUGGUGGGGAUGAUAAUGAUGGUGGUGAUGCUGAUGAUGAUGGUGCAGAUGAUAAGGCGUAAAAAAAAUAUCUGUGUUUCAUAUCGCAAAAAAAUUAGGGUCAGUACCGGUAGGUCGGAAAUAAAAUUUUUUUAAAAUAUUUUUUUCAUGGUUUUUUCAAUAAUUAGUGUGACAACAGAUGCAAUUUUGACAGUAGCCCACAACUACCCAGAGAAAAUAGGGUCGCACGGUCAAUCGUGUUGAAAAAAUAAUAGGGUCGGCAGAAACAAAUGGGGUCGAUCAGGAACCGGAACUACCGGUAUUUUUUUACGCCUAAUGGUGAUGGUAGCAAUGGUGAUGGUAACAAAUUUGGGCAAUGGUGGGAAUGGUGAUAAUGAUUGUGGUGGUGAUUAUGAUGAUGGUCAUGAUAUUAAUGAUGGUGGUGAUGAUGAUGAUGAUCGAUGAUGAUGAUGAUGAUCAAUGAUGAUGAUGGCGAUGGUGGUGAUGAUGAUGGUGAUGGUCAUGAUGGUCAUGAUGAUGGUGAUAAUGAAUUGAUGGGGAUGAUCAUGGCAAUGUCUGUGACAAUGGUUGGUAGUGGUAAAGUGACACUUCAGUCAUAUAUCCUUCACAGGUUUAAGAUCGUCUCAUAAAGGAAAAAAACUCAAAUGUACAUUUGAGAACGAUGCAGGUACCAAGCUAAUGUUAUGCAAGAUUGAUGAGCAUGGAAAGCCUCAGAAAGUGAUGAAAAUUAAAAAAGGAAAGAAAGAAAAACUUGACGUGGAUGAAGGUGAAGUGUUCUUUGCUCUCGGAAAGAAAAAGAAGAAGAGAAGAGCGAUGAUCAAUAAUAACACUGUGUACACCGUGAUGGCAGAGAAUGAUGGCGAUAAUAAGGUGAUAGCAGGGAUUACAAACGGUGCAGGUAAGAAACCGAUAGUCCGCCUGCCUGCCUGCAAGCCAGCCAGCCAGUAGAGCUCGGUUCAAAUGAGAGUGCAUGAGCGUUAGGCUGAGUAUCAGGCUCUAUCUUACAAAUAUUAGAAUGCCUGUUUUUAAGUUAUUAAUUCCACGUGAAGUGCAAGAAACCAGAUCAUUGAAGUCCAACCACAAUUAAGCUUGCAAAGCGUUUUAUUAAACUAUUUAUUAUAUUGUAUUAUAUUAUAUUUAUUAUAACCCGCACAUCCUAUAUAUACACGAACUUACGGUUACAGCUCAACAGCUGGCCUUUGUAGCUCAGUUGGUUAGAGCGCUACACCGGAAUCGCAGGGCCGUAGGUUCAAUUCCUACCAGAGGACCUUGUGCUGCAUUUUUCGCAGUCGUUCCUGGUCAGGUCUUAAGUUAGAGUUAUAAACCGAGUAGGAGGUUUAUCAUAUUUUGAUAUUUUCAAAAAAUUUUAAUGAAAAAUUCUCGCGUUUUGUCUACAAGUUUAAUCUAAUAAUUUAUUCAAGGUAUAUAAGCUCGGACGAUCAAAGAAAACCGACACAAAUGUGAUAUAAAAGUCUUUAUAUACUCACUUGGAUUACUAACCCUAAAAACAGCAUUCUAAUGUUAAUUCCACCAAAUGAAGUGCAAGAAACCAGAUCAUUGAAGUCCACCUAUUUUACAAAUAGAGCCUGACACAAACCUUAAUACGGUCGCUCUCCACUCACAGCAGAGUUUAUAAUCUGUCAGUUUCACAUAACUGAACAACAACAAUAACUAGCACUAUCUUUACCAGUGUAGGUAGUGCCAAUCAAACGAGCAAGCUUUCGUUGGUAGGGAUACCCUGGUUGCCAGAGGUUCUGAAUCUUUCGCCUUAUUCCCGCUCGUAUUUAUUUUACGCGAGGCGUAAGUUUAGGCAUGCAACUAUACCUCAAAUACAUAAGGAGAAUUUCGACAUAUGCAGUGAUAUACUUUAAUGCGCAUAUCAAACAAUUGGACAAGCAUUUCAAAUUUAGAUCAUUUUUAGGUCUGAAUUGAUAUAUAAACAUAAAUAUAAAGUCCAUAUAAACGCAUGCAUGGAGGGAUAUAAUAUAUAAUAAAAUGCAAAUACUGCCAUAUGAAGAAAUGCGAUAUAUCGGGCCAUGAUCAAUGUUCAUGAAUAUUUAUGUAUUAGAAUGUGUGGAAGACCUUUCCUCAGACAAACAUAAUGAUGUCGAAGUUAAAGUAAAGUUCAUUAACCGUUCAAAGAAGACAGCUCAGCUGGUGUGGGUUGAUCACAAAGGAAAGUGGGUAAAAAAGAAGGUACUCCCCCCUGGGAAAUGCUUCACAACUAAGUCGUAUGAAAGCAACUGCUGGGUCGCUCAUGAGGUGCAAGAUGAAAGCGAAGUAUUAUAUUUGAAUUAUGGUUACUUUUACUCACCUUGGAAAACAAGGCUGAGUAAGGAACGUGUGAUUAUAACUCAAGGU